AACAUUUCUAAGAAAACUGACGUGGCAAGACCGACAUAUUUUCAUUUCAUCUUAAGGCAUCACAUUGCAGUUUAAAAGUAAGUAUUUUGAUAAUUAAAUAUUACAUGAUCUAUCCCCAAAAAUGUGUUUAUUAUCAAAUAAUCGAAUUUCAAAAAGUUCUUGCUGAGAACCAAUUAUCUAAAUGUCAUUUCUAAUGAAAUAUUGCAAUUGAAUAAAUGAUAGAACCCCGUUGUUUUAAUUUGUCACGAGACUAAGACGUCUAAGAGAGUGUAAAAGUAUGGUUUGUUGUUUAUUAUUUUAAAAAUUGAUAUAAUUAAAAAACAUGAAUGCAUGUGUUUGGUAUUUUAUCUGAUCUAAAAUACUGUAUAAAAUUAUACUGCUGUCAUUCAAACUUUGCUACCAAUCAAUACGACUUUAGGCCUAAUAUUUUUUUUGUUUAAAUCUAAUUUGAAAGCAAAUUAAUCGUGAAUUCCUAAAAGGGAUUUCAUCUUCAAAAUUGUCAAAGAAAUCUAAAUUAAUGUAAUUGGCUGAAGUAGCAACACAAAACAGAAUCUUUUGAGACCUUAAUUUUAAUCCUAAAAUGCUAGUAUGCAAAGAUCAGAGUGACUACGUGUGUCUGUAGUAUGGGACGAUCGAUCAGAAGAUGACCCGUAGCCGGAAAUUUGAUCGAAAGAAAUUUUGUCGACGGUCAAUUGAUCGAACGGAAAUUUGGUCAAAUUUUUUUUUCAGUUAAAUAUUGCUUCAAAUUUCGUUUUGGACGCAUUAUUUUGUUUUACUAUGUAGUAUAUUGCGUUCAAAAAGAAAUUUGACGAACAUUUUAACGUGUGAACUGAAAAAAAAAUGAUUUGACCAAAUUUCUGUUCGAUCAAUUUACCGUCGAUCAUUUUAUCGUCGACUAAAUUUCUUUCGAUCAAAUAUAUACGCAGGACCUAUAUAUAUAUAUAAGAAUGGGCUAGGCUGACCAUUUAGCAGAUAAAAAAGAAUCUGUUAAGUACGUUCGGAUUGUUGAAAAAGAUUCAUAUCAACUAAAAUAGAAAUAAAAAUAUUAAAAUAAAUUUAAAUGAUUAAAAUAUAGAUCUGCUUAUAUCUAUGUAGGCCUAUAUGUUAAGCAUUAUAGAAAACACAUUUUAUAUAAAAAUUAAAGUGAUUUUACAAGUAUUUUAUACAAAUUUGAAAGUUCAGAUCUUAUUUUGUAAUUUAAAUUAAUAAACUGUAAUCUAAUUAUUACUACUUUAUUACUAAUUCACGGAUUACAUUUAUCGGGAAAACCCGAACAUCAGAGGGAGGGGCUGUUAGUGCGCAGUUAAUAUUGCGAAAUAAAUUUAAUGUCAUGCUAAUGUAUUUCAAACAAUAUUAAAAUCAAAUUAAUGAUUGGAGUGACAAAAAAGGAAAAAAAAAUUAGAAUAACUUAUAAGAACUUAGUUUAAACUCGCAAAUCACAAGCCUUUACUUUUGUUGAUUUAAUAACUGUGUGUGACGAAAUUGAUGGUCAGAAGUCAAAAGGCAUUAGGGUUUUCCCCUUUUAAAAAAAUAAUGUUAAUAAAUAUAAUUAAAUGAUUUUAAAAAUUUUUUAUUCCACCCCAUCAAAUUUUAACUUUGCAUUUUUAACAUUUAAUAUCAUCAUUAAUUUUUCAUUCCAUGAAUGUGCUUUUAUCAAAUUUAUACCAAAAUGCUUUUCUCUUUUUAAUGUCAGGAUAACAAACUGCCCCAUCCAUUGGCAUUGCACUCAUUUUUAUAGAGUAACUUGCCCCAAUGCAACCACGAGUCAACUCUUCCUCACAACUUUUUAAUGAUUGGAUAUUAAUUGAUUGAUAUUAAUUUUAUUUUAGAUGAGAUAGCAGAAGAAAGCUAAGAAUUUUUUAUUUUAUUUUUUGUGAACUAGCAUCAUACCAAUUCAAUUUUUAGGUACGUGUUGGCCUCACAACCCCAUGGCUGCAGGGAACUUUGGGUAUUUUAGACUGUUUUUAACUAUCUACUUUGAAUUCGGGGGGGGGGGGGGGAAAAAACCAAAAUAAAAUAUAUAUUAAUAUUAGUAAUGUGGCUUUGAAUUUUUAUGUAAUAUAUUUUUGGGUAAACUUCUUAAAAAGGUAAUGAAUUUUUAAAAAAAAAAUAUAAAGAAAUUCCUACAAAAAAUGGAAUUUUCGUCACAAAAACACACGAUUAAGAUCAUUUUACAUGAUGAACUCAGUGCUUGUAUGAUUUUACACGUUGAAUGAUCUGCUGGCAUCGUUUUAAACGCCGAACGCGCUGCCAGCAACAUUUUACAUGUUGAGUGCACUGCUAGCAUCAUUUUAAGCGUCGAAAGCAGUGCAACCAUAAUUUGAAAAUGUGAACAGUGAACAAAGUGCUGGCCUCAUUUUACAUGCUGCAUGCACUGCUAGCAUGGUUUUUACAUGGUGUACGCAAAUAAAAAAAAAAGACUUGUAAUAAUUUUUCUUUUCUAACUAUUGCAAACUUUCUUAGAGUCAAAGAGAAAAAAAAAAUGUUUUGUAGAAAGAUCUCUACAUUUGUUUGGAUUUUAAUUACUGGCCGUUUUAUGAAUUAUACAUGAACGGCAUGAUUUUUAUUUAGAAGACAUGAGAUGUUUACAAAUGACAUCAUAAAAAUGUCAUUUCCACCAUUUUUUUGUCAACUUCCGCUAUGCCAACAACAAAUGCGACCGAUUCACCACCGAGAAGAAGAAAGCGGGUCAGAAAGGAAAGGGGGGGGGGGGAGGCAUUCGUUUGAAAUUGAAAUGCAGAACCAGGGGCUUUCUUCCACCUGUUGUUUUGGGAAACGUUGGAUCACUGUGCAACAAGAUGGAUGAACAGGAUUGUUGCUGUAACCUUCCCUUUUGUUUCGCGAAAGCUCUUCAAUAUGCCUGAAAGAAACAUGGCUUAACGAAACGGUACUAGAUUCAGCAGUGACACUGGACGAAUUUAACAUUUUCCGUGCUGAUAGAACAACCGACAGCAGCAAAUCCAGCAAUUGGCGAUAUAUGUUAACAAAAACUACUGUAGCAUCAACAACAGUACAGUGAAACAUGUAGUUUGUACACCCGACAUCGACAUAGAACUACUCUGCAUCACUUUAAGGCCAUUUUACCUGCCUGGGGAGUUCAUCCAAAACUGUAUCACCCUCACUUACAUUCCUCCUAAUGCUAAAAAGCUGCAGGCUAUGGAGAGACUUUUGGAUGUAAUCCAUGAAAACUAGGACUCCGAAAGUCUGGCAUUCAGCGUGCUCCCCCUGAAGUCACAGAUCUUAAUGAUAACUGAUAUGAACUUAAGAGAAUUCACUGAAUGGCUGGGAUUUUUUUCUUCUUUUUUUUUCACUAAUGAAUUAUUUUAAUAUGGAUGUCUCGUGUUCAAAUUGUUUUAUUUAUGUGCUGAAAAUUUAUAAUGCAAUCAAAAAGCAUUUCCAUUUGUUUUGUUCAAUAAAAUAAUAUUAUCUUAUUUAUUUAUAAAAAUUUUAUUUUAUCUGAAGGACAUCGUUUAAAAAUAGAGGAUUUUUUUUAAUGAUUAUUUGAUUAUUUCAAAAUAUAAUAACGUUCUUCGGUUAAAUUAAAAAUGCCUCUUCUAUAUACCGCAACACAUCAACAUUGCUCUGUCUAUUGGAUUCUCAUCUAAAGCUUUUUUUUUUCAAAUGUGCGUGCAAAUAGAUAGAUUGUUUAUUGCAAUAUUAAAAAGAGGAAAACCAUUGGGAAUCUAAAAAAAAUAUAGGCUAAGAAUUUUAUUUAAAUACCCACUGUUCAGGAAACUUUGUUACAAAAGUAGAACAUUUAAAGAACACUCAAACUCUUUGGUUGUAAUAAUGGAUGAAGCAUGUGCUCUUUGCAUGCUCCCUUUGAAUUCGUAACUUUUGUUUUUAAAAUAUAUUUCAGUUUUUUUAAAUAAAAUUUUCAUUUUUUUCCCCAGCUUUACGUACAUGGAGUCGAGCACAUUUGUAAUGGUGCUAAUAAUAACUAUUUUUUUUUUAUAAAGAAUGGGGCCAUCGUAAAAACACCAUUUCCAUACUUUAAAAGUCAUGCUUUUAUUAUGAAAUAUAAUUUGAAAAGAUGAAUCAUGUUUGAUGCUUAGCGAGAACUGUAUAAAAUUAUAGACCUUAAAAUUGAAGCAACUGUAGUUUAUCACAGUGUCAUAAAAGCCUUUGAACUUGUGAAUUUUCAAAAAAAAAAAAAAAAUUUUAAAUACCGAUAAAUGUGAAGAACAGGGAGUAAUACUUCGGAUCACAAUUGGACGCGGCAAAAAUUCGAAAUAUUUCAAUAUUAUAAUCGAGUAAUCUAAGAUUCUAGCAAGAUUAGUCUUAAAUAUACGAAAUAUCAAAUGUAUCGAGCGUAGCAAUAUUUCCUAGAUUCCACUAAUUGUAAAUGGUUAAUGACAACACUUUAUACUACUUUUAGAAUUGUUUAAAAAAUUACAAUUUGGUAGUUUUUUUAAAUAAAAUAUAUUUAAGAUUUAUUGUUGUAUAUAUUUUUGCUUCGUGGGGGCACCCCCCCCCCACUCCCAAAUUUUGGUUAUCCGAACACUGACAUCAUUUUGUUUUUCGUAAUUAGCGUUGGAUUAAGCAUUUGUGUGCAAACAACGUACACUUAUUUUUUUCACCUGUUUCAUAAUCCACGUAUAAUAAAUAUUGUACAUGCAGUUACGAGUGUUAUGACACGCUGAUUGGCGUCGUCACAAGUAGCAACUAAUCUUUGAUGAGUAAGUGUACGUCCCAAGGAUAUUAUGAUCGGUUUCUUUUUUUUUUUUUUUUUUUUUUGCAAAAGCGCAAUUUUUUCGAAUUUAAUUUUUUGCACUUUUUUUUUUUUUUUUUCAAACAACCUUUUUUUUAAAGGAAAAAAAAAAUAAAAAAGGGUUUAAAAAAUUACAAUUUGGUAGUUUUUUUAAAUAAAAUAUAUUUAAGAUUUAUUGUUGUAUAUAUUUUUGCUUCGUGGGGGCACCCCCCCCCAACUCCCAAAUUUUGGUUAUCCGAACACUGACAUCAUUUUGUUUUUCGUAAUUAGCGUUGGAUUAAGCAUUUGUGUGCAAACAACGUAAACUUUUUUUUUUUUUUUUUUUUUUUUUUUUUGCAAAGACGCAAUUAUCUCGAAUUUAAUUCUUAGCACAUGUCUUCUAUUUUUUUCAAACAACCUUUAUUUCAAAGGAAAAAACAACUAAAACAGGGUCUUCAACGGAUGUGACACCAAUGAGGUGGCCCAUUCACAUCGUCCUUCAUGGUCCAUAAACUGUCAAAUAAAGAUAUUUUUUAACUAGCCAUUUAGACCUGGGUGUGGGGGGGGGUGCCUCAUCAUAUAUCUUUAGGGGCCACGAAAACUACGAAAAAAUACAUUGAUGUACUUAAAGAGAGCAAUUCUUUUUAUGUUAACUAACAGGGAAGGUGACCAACGCAGCUUAACAAGUUUACAGUGGGUUUUAAGCUAGAGUGUAAAGAUAACUUGAAAUCAAAGCAUUAGUUAGAAACAUCAACUAAUCUAUAUUUAUUUAAUUUCUUUUUCAGAAACAAGCAUUUCACGAGAUGUCUUACCAGAUAUUGUCAAUACUCGGUCAAGGAAGUUUCGGUUAUGUGUACCAUCUAAAGUUGCCUAAUAGCAAAGAGGUAUCUAAAUAUGUCUGGGUUUUUAUAAUCUUUCAUAUUAACUCCUUUUUUUCUGGUAAAUGGCAAAGUCCCCCAGCCAGCUUUAUUUGGCACAUAGUCUCGUUGCCAAUGACAACAAUUUUUUUCAAAUUUUUAGCCCUGCCAUCAACUCCCAAAAUACAGGUUUUAAUUUCAAGGUGAAGCUAUUGACCCACUUCUCGUAACUCUAUCGAGUUGAAAUUCGGCACACAGACCCGUUGACAACGACAACAUAUUUCAUCAAUUACGUUUCUCAUCCCCAACUCCCAAAAUCAGGUUUUAAUGUUUUCCUAGUACAUUUAAUGAUUUGUUCAAUGGUUGCGUAUUUCGGAGUCGAGAUUAAUUGUUUACCUGUUGCUAUGUGCUUUGUAUUUGUGAGAGUCUUGGACUGCGAUAAAACUUUAAAAUUGAUUAAUGAGACACAAACAAUGUGUGUAAAUAAAACAAUAUAUAUUCAUCUUUAAUGAUUAUUUUUACGAAAUACAAAUUCAGACUUUUCAGCAAAUGCCUUUAUCGGUACAUAAAACGCAAUAUUUAUAUAAGUGUUAAUUACAUUUAUAUAAUUAUUAUCGGUGAUCUGCUUGCUUUUCAUAUUCAAUCGGCUGGGUGUGUUUGUUCUGGUCACAAUCACACUAAAUGUAAAAUCCGCAUCCUUUUGUGGUCGUUUUUUAUUGAAGUGUUUAGAGAUACGACACUGUUUAUCUUGUGCAAUAUUACUAAGGUUCUUAGUACAUCUGUCAGAGAGUCGGCGUCCUGUUUCCCUGUGUACGACAUCUGGCUCCGGUUGCAAACAAUGACUUAGACAACAUUACGGCUAAUUCAAAUAAAACCGUCCCUUAUCUGAAUAUGCCCUACAGGAAAAGAAUGUGUUAUGACCACAAACAUUCCCAGCCCAUUAAAUCCUUCGCUCUACCCCUCCGCAUCAGCACCAACCAGAGUGGACUUUCUUCUCAUCUUUUCUUUACCUUUUUGCAUGCAUUUAAUCUCACCUACAAGUCUUUAGCUGCCUUCUCGGAUACUUCUUUUCAGCUAAGUGCCAAAAAUAUUUUUUUAUUUAAUUCUGUUUUAAUGUUGUUUGUUCGAUAAUGAAAGCUUCCUGCCUACACUUUCGUUGUAUUUCUGCGGUCAUUUUUUCAUGUUUCCCCAUACUUGUUUCAUUCAUUUUCUUUUUAGAUGUUGUGCAGUUUUGAGAACUUUUGUACAACUUAUGAUCCGAACAGAUCGGCAUGUAUGCAUUAUGGCACCAUGGAAAUAUUGUUCCCCUAAUCUCUUCAGCCACGAAUUUUUGGUUUUGGCCUCCAUGUGGUUUGCUUUGGAGUUUGCUGAGUUUCGCGCCUGACUUCUAUUUUAGUCACACUAUACAUAAAAAAGAUACAUUAUUUAUAAACUUCAUAAUUUUUAUGACUAGGGAAAGCGAUGUGAGAUUUGACGUAAAAACAUGUCUUCUUAUUGUGUAUUUAACUUUUUCCAAGAAAUGCUUUCCAUCGAAGUUCUUGUUCCAUUAGAUAUUCUUUUCUCUACAGAAACUCAACAGUUAGAAUGUCAGGCUCUUCAGUGCGUGUCAUCAUACAACGCAACUCACGUUCCUGCUAGUAUGAUUGCAUCCAAAAAAUGCGCGCUCUGUUAUGAUUUUGCGUUUUUUUUUUUAUUUAAAUAUUUCAAAUUUUUUAACAGUUACUAAAAAAGAGAACAAAAUAUUUUUUGCAGAUUCAAAUUAUUAUUUUUCUCAAAUGUUGUUCUCAGUUUUGACAAUUUUUACAUUCUUUAAAACUGAACAGGGUCAUUUAAAUAAAAUAAAAAAUUAAUGAAUCGUCUUGCCAUUUAUUAGUUUGUUAGUGUAGUCAUAUUUACUUUAAGUUAUAGGAUAAGCAGGAAAAAAAUAUAUUAUGAAAUCCAAUUUCAUUAAAUUACAUUUGUUUGCUAUGAACAUACACACAUACCUUGUUUAUUUCCAGUAUGCUCUAAAGGUCACAGACAUUACACAUGUACCUGCGAUAAUUGCAAUAACAGAACCUGAAACAAUGCUGCAGCUUCAACAUCCUCAUAUCAUACAGUUAUGUUAUGUCAACUGUGAUCAAAUUGGGCAGCGACGAUGUUUGUAUAUGUUAAUGGAGUACUGUGAACGUGGGACGUUGACCAAAGCCAUUGCCAAUGGCGUCUCAGAGGACCAAGCCAUCACGUGGUUUAUACAAAUGGCGGAUGCGUUGACGGUAAAUCCCUUUCUUAUAUUUCAGGUUCUUUUCAUGUCUCAGUAAUAUUUGGUUUACACAAAAAAAAGAUCCUUUAUCUUUUAUAACUCCAUAACUCAUUAAAAAUUACAAUGAAAAAUAUUGCCUUUUUCUUCAACUCAUUUCAAUUAAUAGUUUUUUUUUCCACACAUGCUAAGACGUUUCCGAAAAUGAAAGGAAUAGUUUUAAUUAUAUUUCAUAUUUUUCUUUACUUCAGGUAGUUUAUUUUUAAUAAUUGGACUCGGUAGCAUUAGCAGUCCAUUGCUAUUUUUGCGAGCGAAAUUGAUGGUCUUCCAGGGUGAAACAGGCCGAGGCUCUAUUUAGAGAAACAUUAACAUCUCUGGAAUCAAGGAUGUCAUUGGUAGCAAAUCUUAAAAAACCGGAGACUAAGUAGAAUUUGUAUUUUUUCUAGAAAGUUUGUACGGUCGUUUUGCAAUUUCACUAUACCACCAAGCUGUACUCUAUAACUGCUCGAACAACUGUGAAAGCUAUAGUACAGUCUUUUCGCUUGACUGGUCUUUGGCUGGAAUUUAAUUCCAGUCCACCAACUUGAGGUUUACUCAGUUUAGACCAUUCAGCCACCCAUGUAAUGCUAUUUUAAAGACAGAAGUAUUAAAAGACACACCGGCAGAACACAUGGAAAUAGAGAUGGCUUUUGAUAUUUCUGAGUCUGAUCGUAAGAAGCAAAGACGAACUAUAAUGACCGGUCGUGGUAAUGCAGCUAUGAUUUUUUUUUUUUAUUUGCUUGAAAAUGAAUGGCCCUGUCUUUGCAAAUUUAACGUGGCGGUACACCUUGUAGAGCCUUGCAAAUGGAAAGGCAAAUGAAACUAUCCAAAUAAUGAAACAAAAAUGAAACAAUAUAUUCUGACAAAUAUAUGAAGAAAUUGAUUUUUCCCACUUUGUAACUUUUCGAAUAAUUAAUGCAUGAUUCUAUAAGAGAUCAAAAUAAUAAAUAUGUUUGCUUGAAAGAAAAGUCACAUCUAUAUAAUUAAAUUUAAUCUAGUUUUGAUGUUUGACGGUUUCCACGAAGUAUCCGAGUUAAGUUUUGACAUACAGGACUUGAACAAAACCUGUACAUGGUGAUUGCGGAAAUCAAAAUACGGGUACAUUUUAUUGAAAAAAGAAACAGAACGUUGGGGCCUGCUUGAUGCUUUUCUCGAUACUGGCUCACAAAACAUAAAAACGAAUGAUAUUAAAUCAAGAAACGAUUGGGCGCCUGUAAAGAUAAUGAUGCAUGCGUGUCAUUAAUUAUCAAAUUUAACAUCAGUUGUGUUGAUAUUUUUUUUCAAUAUACAAAUAGUUAAUAAUUUAGUAAUGUGAGUGUGGUCAACGAAUUCGUUUGUUAUGCACUGCGAGCGCCCAUGCUUCACGAUGCGUAUAGCUGUAUUUAUUGGAUUAGGCUCAUUUACAGAUACUCCUCAAACAUUAGGUAUAGAUGUAUGUUAUACAAUAAUGUUAAUCCUCUGUCAUUGCUGUUUCAGUAUCUUCACAGCAAAAAAGUGAUGCAUCGUGAUAUCAAGCCAGACAACAUUCUUCUUAACAGCAACAACGACAUAAAAGUUGGAGAUCUUGGCACUGCCAGGUAUACUUACCAGUUACCAAGUAGCAAGAAUGUGGGCUUAAUGUCCAAUUCUGAACAGUUUUCAUAUUCGACCUCUGAACCCUCCACCAUUUUCUCGCUUUUCAUUUAUUAGGCUCAGAAAAAUGUAUUAUUUUUGUUAAACUUAUAUAUUAAAAGGUUUAUGUGAAUUUUAAAAAGCCAUAUCGUUUUAGUCUGCAUAACGUGUAUUCAUUUGUAUAUACAAGUUAUGUUGUACUUCAAAAGCGUUAUAUGUCCUAAUUCUUAUUUAUUGCAUAACUUUUGUAAUAUAAUUGAGCACUUAGCAAAAUCUCUUAAAGAAAUUGACUACGUUGAUGGUGCCAAGACUAAGGGUAUCGGGCCCAUGAUUUUGGAGGAAAAAAGGUUCUUUGUGUUUUAUUUGCGUUUUAUUUUAUUAUUUUUGUAAAGAAUACAGGAGUUCACCGCCCAGGGUGGAGCGACCGCUGUUGGAACGUACUGCUACAUGAGUCCACAGAUUUUGCAGGGACAACCCUACAAAGAUAAGGUAGUCUCAUCUAUUCAAUCAUUAUUUAUAUAGCUCUCGUUUUACGAUUUCACACUUGGGAGCUUGUUUUGGAUAUAUAUAUAUAUAUAUAUAUAUAUAUAUAUAUAUAUUCUUGUUAUUGUAUGCGUUAGUGAGAUAGAAACUGGACAGAUUUGGAACGGUGAGUUAAUAAUGUGGAUUUUUGGUCGAGUGAGUAUUGCAUAUAGUAGACCUCUCUGGAGAAAAUAUCCUUAUAAGGUAGUCUCAUCUAUUCAAUCAUUAUUUAUAUAUCUCUCGUUUUACGAUUUCACACUUGGGAUCUUGUUUUGGAUAUAUAUAUAUAUAUAUAUAUAUAUAUAUAUAUAUAUUCUUGUUAUUGUAUGCGUUAGUGAGAUAGGAACUGGACAGAUUUGGAACGGUGAGUUAAUAAUGUGGAUUUUGGGUCGAUUGAGUAUUGCAUAUAGUAGACCUCUCUGGAGAAAAUAUCCUUUCAUUCCCUGCCUCAUGUGUUCAGUUAUAAUUUUCAAUAACGUCUUAAUUAUUUUAUAACAUUUGUGGUAUAUUCCAGAUUCAGAUAAAUUCAGGCUGGCCUACUACUCUGUUGCGUACUUCAUAGGAAGUGUAGUUACAUAAGGGGCGUGCAUUAAUUCCAAAAUAGGGGUGAGGGGGUUUGGAAAUGUUUGACAGUUGUUGACAAGGGGGAGGGAGGGGGUUUUAGAUUCUCUGACGUCAACAAUCUUGUUUUCUCUAUUAACAUUUUAAUCUUAAAAUUUGACUGGUUAUUAUAUUAUUUAAACAAAUAUAUAAGUGUUAAUAAGUGUAACUAGUCAUUUAAUUUUUGGGCUUUUAACAACAUAAAAUUUAUUUAAUCUGUGUCUGUGCACUGCAGAUGGCUGGUCAGAAUGUUAGCACACUGUAUUAGUGCCUGAGAAGUCAAAAGUUGGCCUCUCUUCACCGGUAGAUUCUGUUGCAGGUAUAGAACAAGGACAAGGUUUAAGUGUCAUGUGCAGUCAAGAUAAAUAAUAUUGAUAAGAGUAGGAAUACGAUAUUUUGAGAAUUAGGUGAAUGUAAAAUGGGCAACAAUAAUAACACCGCUGCUUGAACGAAUUUGCAAAAUCUGUAACAUCCGAUCUAUUUUGCAUCACAAGUUAUGUUGAAAAAGCAUGUUCAACGGAACCGACAAUGCCCUUUUGAGCAUAAGAAAUUAUCACCUGCUCCUCAACAAAAAAGGAUUCGACCAAUCAUGGGCGCCCGCAGGUAGGGGCAAGGGGGGCAUGUGCCCCCCUGGAUUGAUUUGAUAAAAAUUUUUUAGACAAAAAAUGUAUUAAAGCAGAGAAAAUAAAGAGAAAGUAACUAAGUUGAUGUCCUGUUCGUUCGUUCACCAUACAAAUACGCUACAGUAAAUUAAAACUAUAUUAAAACAUAACAAACAAAAUUUUGCCCCCCCCCCUCUGGAUUGAAUUGAUAAAAAUUUUUUAGACAAAAAAUGUAUUAAAGCAGAGAAAAUAAAGAGAAAGUAACUAAGUUGAUGUCCUGUUCGUUCAUUCACCAUACAAAUACGCUACAGUAAAUUAAAACUAUAUUAAAACAUAACUAACAAAAUUUUGCCCCCCCCCCCUGAAAGUUAAUCUAUUUUUGCCCCCCUCCCCCAGAAAGUUUUCUGCGGGCGCCCAUGCGACCAAUGCAAGAAGCUGCAAUGCUCACACUUACAAUGCUUCUGUGUUAAGUGCUGAAUGGUAAGAUGAGGAUGAUGUUGACUUCUCUGAUAUAUCAGUGCCAUAAAAUGAAAAUGAUCCAUCAGUUUGUAUAGACAAUGCCCUUCAGGGGCAUCAUUUCCUGUUUUUCUCAGGGGUAGGAGGGGAAAAAAAACAAAACUGGUCUGUUUGUUAAGUUGUGUAUUACUGGAGGCGCCACAGUACAUAGCAAUUUAAAUAAAAAAUGCAAAUUGGGGGGAGGGUGGGGUGAAAUGCCCCCUGCCCUACCCAAAUGAUGUCCCUGAUGCCCAUUUUUACGAUAGAGAAAACCUGGCUACUCCUUGGAAAGAUAAUAGCAGGUAGAAACUAUACUAUUAUUGCUAGCUUUACUGACAAUAAUCGUAUUUAUACCACAAACAAUGAUAUUUAGUCUUUAACAACCUUUCAAUUGAUUCUGCAAUAUAAAAUUUAAGUGUAAAUCUUUUUAACUUGUUGAUUAACAAGCUAAUCAAAGCUAAUCAUGAAAUGAAAUGUUUUCCUACAAUUUUGUGUCAUUUAAAUAGAUAAUCACAAAGUAAAAUGUAUUUGUAAAUUCAUUUUUAAUAUAAAUCCUUUUUUGGUGGGAGGAAAAAGGGGGGGGGGGGGAGAACUUUUUCAAAACAACAGUACAUUAUUAACGUACAAUCAAUACGUGCUUAACAUUUGUUGACGUAAUUAAUGGACUAAUAUAAUAAAUUGCUGGUUUUUCAAGUUAAUAAUAGUCUUAAAUUUAAUCUUUUUAAAAUGGCUGCUUCUCCUUGGUCCUAUUUCUUGAAUUCGAGUCCCUCACUUUGUAUUUUUGUAACCCUUACUACGGUACAUUUUAACUGAAGGUUAGUUCGCCAAAAAAAAGGCCCUAUUAUACACUUAUUUUUUAAUGCAGUGCUGAAGUACUUGUUUGUCACGACGCAGCAGGGAGUCGCCUACAGUGUGAGGCUGUGUCUCGUGAGAAUCAGCCAUUCCAACAUCCGUGCAUUCUUUACACUUUGAAUGCACCUGGUCGGACAACAUAACGAUCUAGAUUACGAUGCAUCGUCUCUGUUUCCAAGUGACGGAUUAAACCCUUUAAUGUGCAAAUUCAUUAAAUUGUAAAGAUUACUUGGUUCUUCGAUUUUUUUUUUUUUAUAUUUAAAAAGAUUUUUCCUUGGUUUGUGUUGUUUAUUUGGAUUUCACAUUAUCUUCCAUUCAAAUGUAACACCAGUUUACAUGUCUUUUCUAGUAGUGCAGCGCGUGAUUGCCUCUGAAUAUAAAAUGUUGGUGGAAAUAAUUAGAUAUUGUUUAACAAACGUUUAAAAAGUAUCGAAUCUUAUCCAUAAAAAAUUGGUUUAUAUUAUGCAGUCCAUCUUAAAAAUGAUAAAAUACAAGUUUUUAUAUCUUUGUAUUUGAAUGUUAAAUUAAGUCUUUGAAGAAAUUAUUGUGGCUUUGAAUGCCCUUGAUUUUGAUGCUGCAACGCUUGUUUGGACAUACAAGAGCGUUUAAGAGUGGUUUUAAUAAUUUAUUGACUAAUGUUUUUGUCAAUGUUUAAUGGCCUGUGUUAAGUUUAAGAGAUGGGUCUGUGAUUUUUUAGAUGUGCUCUAUCCGUAGCUUUUCCUUGUAUGCUUUUUAUGUAUUUAGUAGAGACCGACAGAAUUUCGGAUUCGGCUUUGGUUUCGGCGCCGAAAGUUGUCAUUUUGUCCCUUUCGUCCUAGUUUCGGUUUCGGUCGAAAGUGAAAAAUGCCUUCGAUCUUCUACCAAUGUCAGUUUGUCACUCUGACGGCUGGCAAUCCGAUAUUAAUUAUUGUGCGACACAUUGCUAUCAUCGGUCAUAUAUAACAAAUAAUUUGCGAAAACUGUUCACCUGUUUCGUAAAUAAUUAUGUAUUGAGGCUGUAUUAUCAAACUAAACCAACAUUCGCUAAACGUUUGUUCAAUCUAGGACAAAUCUAAAAUUAGCCGACAAAUUAAAUGAUAAUUGCCGACAAACAAUUUCAGGUUGACAAAUAAGAAGACGAGUUUCAACCCCUCAAAAAAUGUAUGGAUUCUCAGAAGAAAAGAUUUGCUUCAAGUCUUGUGUGUUGACAUUUUAAUGGGCGAUACCAUUAAACAAUACACAGCCUAACCUCUAGGUUGAUACCCUUUGUAUGUUUAGAUAGCGUUGUAAUUCUAUUUUAAGAGAAGGGUUUAUUUUGCAUGAAUUUUGCCCUUUCCCCAGUUAAAUUUUCAAAUUACAAUACUAAUUUAAAUUUUAUUGUUUAUCAGCUUAAAUUUUUUUUUAAUGCAAGUACAUUUCAUUGAUAAAUUGUAUGAGAGUCAUUUAAGAAGAAUGAAAAUUGCCACAAAAGUUGUUCCAUCAUUUUUCGCGGUCAGAAGAACAUGUGCGAAAACGAGUUUUGAAAUAUUCAAAAUUUUCGGCUUUGGCCGAAGCUGAAAAGUUAAGUUUCGGUUUACUUUCGGUUUCGGUCGAAAUGCAUUUUUAACUUUCGGCCUGGUUUCGGUUUCGGUCGAAAUCAGAGAAUCACUUUCGGUCGGUCUCUAGCAUGGAGCAUUCCUUUAAUGUGUAGUAUUUCCUUGCUGAUGCAAAGCUUCUUCUAGAUAGGCGUAUAAAAUUUUGUAAAAGUGUUGCUAAAAGAAUGUGUAAAACUAUGAUGUAUGGCCAUCUGGUCCUGAAGAUUUUUUUUUUAUUUGAUGUCUUUUAAUGUUUUCUAAUGUCUUGUCUUUUUUUAUGGGUUAGGUUUUCUUAUAGCCUUUUGUGAACAGUGGCCACUUAACAUUCUCAGUGGGCACUUAACAUUCUAUGUAAGCGUGUAUUUGCUCACUUAUUUGUAAUGUUAAAUAUGAAAGUUCUUCCUUUCGAUUUCAUCCAUCUCUCUUGUGGUUAUGUGAUUCAUUUUCUGUGUUUAUGUUUGUCUCAUGUAAAAAUUCAAAUCUAAUUUAUGUUUUCCAAUUGAAUUAAUGAGUGUUGUUCUUUGUUUCGGCUACAUCUAAUCUUAGUUGAUAAAAUUGUGAGUUGUUUCGUUCUCAUAAUUGCUUUGAUAGUCGUGUUUUGAUUACGGUAAAAGGAAUUUAGUCUAGGUCUCCUCGCUUAGCAACGUGUUGUACAUGAUUGUUCUUUGGUUUUCCUUCUUUUGGACAACAUGAGCUUAUAAAAAAAAGGACCCACGGUUGCUCAAUAUUUGUUUUAUAGGAAAUGGUUGAUACCCUGAGAAUAAGUGUCAUUAUAUUAGCGGUCGUCCAUUUAUUAUGUCAAGAAAAUAAGGGGAUGGGGUCGGGAAAUGUUUGACAACUGUUGACAAGAGGGAGGGGGGGGGUAGAGUAGUUGACGUCCCCAAACAUGUUUUCUCGAUUAAAAAGUUUGUCUUAAAAAUUGAUUGGUUAUAACAUUAUUUUAACAAAUUUAAUGAGUGUAAAUUAAAAUAGUUGUAUAGUUUUUAGUUUUAUAAAACUUUAACUUGUUUAUUAACAAGCUAAAGAUACAAUAAAAAAAGUAUUCCUACAAUUUUGUGUUAUUAAAAUAGAUCAGCACAAAGUAAAAUGUAUUUAUAUAUUUUAUGUAUAUUAUAAUUCAUUUAUGGAAAAAGGUGGGGGGGGGGGUAUAGAAAUGUUGACAUAAUUACUUAAGGGGGCCAUUCAAAGUUUGACAGUUGUUGACAGGGGGUGGGUGAAAAAUUGAUUUAAAAUGUUGAAGUAAUUAAGGGACACUCAUUUAUGGAAAAAGGUGGGGGGGGGUAUAGAAAUGUUGACAUAAUUACUUAAGGGGGCCAUUCAAAGUUUGACAGUUGUUGACAGGGGGUGGGUUAAAAAUUGAUUUAAAAUGUUGAAGUAAUUAAUGGACACCACCUUAGACUGUAUCGUGAGAAAAUGUGUUUAUUUAUGUUAUUGCAUAUAUUUUAAUUCAUUAAAAAAUAUCCCUGAGGUACUUAACUGAACUAACAAAGCCACGAAAUCUAUAUUGUACUUGAACUAUCGUGAACUGACCAGCGAGAACUAAUUCUCGUCCAGUGGUCAUACACCUUAUAUACACCUGUAAAGCUCACAAAACCUAAUAACGCACAAACUAUAAACCUUUAGAUACAACACAGUGAUUCUCAUCCCUGUCAUGCCCGUACAUGUAAAUUUAUAUAAAAUGUAUGAAGUAUGUUUAAGAACAAUAUACUAUCGCUUAGAUUCUUGAGUGUUUUGUCACCUUUUUAAUUACAUGUAAAUUAAUCCCUUUCCAUUUCUCCUCAUGUCUUCUUAUGUUCAAUGUGAAUUUAUCUUCUUAAUUUUCAAUGUUAAAUUCCUCUAACUCUAACCUUUGCCCACCCUAAAUGCAAAUAUUUAGUGAAUGAAAAGGCCCUAAUCGGAUGUACGCUUUUCUUUAAUCUAUUGUUUGUCAAUUUUAUUAAAGAAAACUGUUUAAUUUGGAUUUCUGUUAAUUUGAUCCAAUUUUUUCCUUUUUUUCCAGACAGAUGUUUGGAGUUUAGGGUGUGUCUUCCAUCAGGUUUUGAGCAAAAAUCCCCCGUUCAAAUUUUUUUUUUGGAUGGGCAAACAAACGGUCAAUGUGAGCUGCUGUUGUUAAAACGCAUUAAGCGUUUUUUACCUAUUCAUAUGUAAUCCGAUGUAUCAUCAUUAGUGUUUUACUCAGCUAUAAUAAAAUGAGCAAUAUAUUGUUUUAAUUGUAAAAUUGUUGAGUCCGUGGGUGGGGGUAAAAUGUACAUUACUGAGGCAAAGCUUUUUUCUUUCACUAGUUUCAGAUACCGCCUAUGCCAUCAUCAUACAGUCAGGGGCUUAGAAAUUUGAUUUUGACCGUUCUGGACAUGGAGGAGUCGACGAGACCAUCAGCCGAGAAGAUUUUGGGCGACUUAGUCGUAAGUUAAAAUAUUUAAUAUAAUUUGAUUUCCGACAAAUAGCGAUUGCAAUGGCAGUCAGACAAGGUACUUCUGGUUGAAACUAAAUUACUUUUAGUAGUUGAAGUAAUUAUAGUGUAAUCAGCUUGGUUCACUUUCCUACACAGGAAUGACACAUUAAGUUAAAGUUAAUUUAAAGCGAAGAAGCUUCAUAGCUAAUAGAGUUAAUCUUUAAAAGGGGGAAAAGAGACAAGAAAAAAAAAAAAAAAAAAAAAAAAAAAAUUAGAUUAACUGCGCUUUUGUUUGUGUCUGACAUAAUGACUGGCUGUGUGGAAAAAUUUUAGGACGGCUAAUUGGCUCACUUCCCACCAGGCUAGCUACCAUGUUUGGCACACAAACUCGUUGCCAAUGACAACACAUUCUCUCAAAUGUUCAGCCCCAACCCCCCCAAAAAUCCGUUUUCCCUGUUUUUCAAGGAGAAGAUAAAAUGAAUUUCUUGAUAACUAAGUGAUAUUCUUAAAAUAAAAUGGCAAGGUCAUUUGAUGGGAAAUAUUUUCUUUUGUUUUUUUCUAAAAUAGUUGUUGCAAUAAAUCCACGGUGUAUAAGCGGGUCGGUCUUUAGAACAUAAUUGGGGGGGGGGGGGCGCACUAAUUUUGAUUUUUUUAAAAAUGCGUUACUUGUAUGCAUGAUUUGUCCGAUUUUCAGCCCCCUCCUCCCUUCCAUUGCUUGAUUUUUACAUCUUAUUAAGGAUUUAUCGAAAUACUUUCUAUGAAUACCUUAGGGUUAUUUAAUUACAUUUGUUUCAUAUUAUUUUAAAAAAAACUCUUAAACUUUGCUGGUCAAAACUCACAAAUGCCCAAAAACUAAUAGUGUAGGCGUAGUGGUUAAAAAAAAAAGAAAAACAGUACCAAAGGUGACUUAUUUUGGAUAUCUGAUUUAGGCGCCUUUUCCUUUUAAUAAAGUAUACAUGCAGGCACAUAUUUAGAAUGAAAAGUGCAUAUUUUGCCUCACUCUGAAGGUGACGUCGAAUUCUGUAAGUUAAAGCGUUAACCAAUAUUUUUACUGUACAAACGGACUAUGGGAAAAGUCAAUUACGCUCGAGCACUUCAAAUCACUAGAGUGAGGUCAGACCUGGAAUAUCGUUGAGUAAUGUGACAAAUGAAAAAUUAUAGUUAAAAAACACUAGAAAUGGGGACUUGUGGUGGAUAGCAUUAUUUGUUUCUAGAUAUUGGGGAGGGGGAUCACAAUGGGCUCGGAAUCCGAAUGGAGUCAAGAUCUUGAUGGGAUAUGGAAUCCCAUUUGGAAACGGGAUCCCAAUCGAGAUUGGUAUCCCAAUGGGGUAGGUAUCACAAUGGGAAUUAGAUCCCAAUGGGAUCGGAAUACCGACGGGAUCAGGAUCCCACCAGAACAUUAGAAUGGCAGGCUAUCCAGUUGAGGGCAUAACUGAAAAGUGAUGGGCCCCAAAUUCAGUGUUUACAAGAGCUAUUUUAAAUGUGGUCUUAUAUAGGAGACAGUUGUAAUAGUUAGUUGCUUUAGUGAAAUGUUUCUGACAGCGUGUUCGCUUAUAAUGCUUUAUACGAUUUUACCAAAUACAAACCCAAGCAAAAUCGGAUAUAUUGGUUAAUUAAGGUAUUGAAAUUAAUUGCAACGAAAACCUUUAUUUUAUACAUUCUUGAAAGCGCAUGGUUCAGAAUAAAAUCUUAUUAAAUAGGCAUAAACCAAAAUAAUAACAACAACAACUAUCAACGAACGGCAUUGACAGGCAUUUGACUGAGUGCAACCCCAAACCAUUUGGAAAUAUUAUUUUAAGGACUUUCUGAAUUGAAUUAUUUAAACAAAAUAUAGCCCACGUUUAAUUUGGCUGUGAUUCAUUGUUUCGUUCUUAUGACUUCACCUAAAUCUGUAAAAACAUUCAUAUUUACGCUGUCCUUUAGAUUUUAGCUAAGUAUUCCAUGAAUUUUUCUCCCGAUGAAUAUAACUCAAAACGAUGUUUUGGCUCGAUCCUUGUCCCUGCAAUAGAGUAUUACAACACAACCAGACCAUAGCUUUUAGCUUUUUAAAAUCUCUGAAAUGUAAGUUAAUUCCGAAUUUGUAUUAUCUACACGGCAUUUGCAUUAUUUUUAUACCAGAUUUUUUGACAUUUUUAACUUUACAUAACAUCUUUUUUUUCUCAUAGCGCCUGCAAAAUAGACCAUAUAACCGUCAACAAUAUGUUCGUCUUCCGAUGGAGGUUGUUGACCAUGAAUCUCUGCUCAAUUGUCUUAAGAACCAGAUAAUAUUACGAUCAUUGAUUCAAAUAGUAUCAGCACUAGCGGCUCACCCUGGUGGUUACUAGGUUCGGGAGCUGUCUCUGGCUUGACUGCUGUAAUAGCUGGUAGCUGUACACCAUCAAAUAAGUCCAAAAUAACCAGUAACAGUGUAUAAUUUUAAAUUUUUUAAUUUUUAAUUUUAAACUAAGAAUAACUUACCAUUACACAUUCUAUCUUUAAAAAAUGUGUUAUUUUCCUUGCAAUUUUCUUUUUAAUGACACAAUUGCUGGUUACGAAUCUCAUACAUAAUUUUAUUAUCGUGAUAAAAUUGCAAAAUCAAAGUAAAAAGUUGAUGUUUUUUUCAUGUGCGAUUGCAACAAAAGAGUUAUAGUGGUUUCCUGUGUUGGUGUUCCCAGAUGCGGUAAACUCAUAUUAUCAAGCCUCCUCCCCUGGGAUCAGUUUUCCUGGGGUCAGUUUAUCAGAUGGCAUAAAAGGUCCCAUAAUGAGGUGACCCCUUUAAUUAAACAGGUCAAAUGUUAAAAAUUUUGAUGACUUUCAGAGCAAGUAUUGUUAUCAGUAAAUAAGACCCAAUAUAAGGUUUCAAAGAUGAAGUUAACAAAAAAAAAGUAUACUGAUGAAAACUGACACUUUGAAAAAUAUCACUGCCAGAUUAGACGCGAAGGAAGAAAAAAAGAAACAACAGAUAAGCUUCCAAAUGAGGAAAUAAAUCUCUCAGGUUCUAUAGCCGUUUUUCGCGUAAACGUUUAGCCUAAUAAUGCACCGCAGUGUCAAGCCUCUGGAUUCACGCCUUUUAAAACACAAAACUUGUAUACACAUUUUAUCCUACUUUUAAAUCAGCAACGUUUAAAGUUAUUGCAGAGAAGGGCCUUGAAGAUGAAGUAGUGGAAAAUAUUAUAGCAAAUAUUAUUAUAGGUUAUCCAGUAUUGUCAAGUGCAUAAGAAUGUUGGUUGCCAAGUAGAGGUAUUAAGCUGUUGCCACAAAUGCGAAAAAUAAAGUAAUUUUGAAACUUUAUUUCAAUAGUUUCUAACGCUGGUGCAUCAUAGCAUAACGAUAGAGAGAAUAGUCAUUUAAGUCGCAAAAAGUGUAUAUUUAAAAUUAUGGCAUAUAACCGAUUAUUCUGACCAGGGAAUGCGAUGACUCUAUGAACAUAUAAAAAUGUCUUUAAAAUACUGGUGCUAUUUACUUAAUAAGUGAAAUGUGAGAGGGCAUUGUCCAAGCCAAAGAUUAUAUAGACAAGGCUUACAGUUCACUGCUUCAGGGGAGUUUAAUACACACACGACAUCAGUUUGCAAAGGAUGUGUUACAGCAAGAUUGAUAUUUACGAUUAUUAAACAUAUGCGAUCAUGAAGAUGGCCAUGGUCAAUUUCUAAUUAUAUAUUAUAUAUAUCUAUAUAUAUAUAUUUAAUAUGUAGAUGCACUUUGCGACAGGGUAUCAAAUCAGUCACUCCAACCGAGAGCAAUUCAACACGCUCUCUCCAGUUAAAGUUAUAUCUCUCACACUGAACAUAAUCCAACUCCACGACCACUCUCGAUCUCACGCCUUAUAUUCACGCACUUGUUUAUUAUUAUCACUAUCAUCCAAUGAUCAUUUAGCCACAGUAAUACAACUCAUGGAGCAACAAGUGUUCACACUAAAAACAGUGGUUUUCAUACCCUUGACAUAUACGUUCUAUUUACAUAUUAUGUAUUUCUUGAAAAUUGUAUUUUCGUUUCUUAUAAAAAGUAAAAUGAUUGCCUCAAACUAUACUUCUGAGUGGGCCCACUUUCCUUCCGCUUGACAGCAAAUAUUCUUAGAACCAGUCCGCCACUAUCUAGGAUUUCCCCAUAGACUUCUACAAAGCCCUUAAGUACCGCACUUUAAAUUGUAGGAUAACAUAUAAUAAUUUUUGUAAUAUAGUUCCUAAAGUAAAUGAACUUUAAUAUUACCCACUUAGUUUAUUUUUUCUGCAGAAGCCUUUGCAAAUUUUUCUUUAGAUGAAGCAAAAAGACCGACUCCAUAGCUCCAAGAUCCAGGUCCGCUCCACAACCCUGCAUAGGAAACCAACAAAAUAGUUUUUGAAUAAAUAUAGUUCAAGCACAUCAAUAAAUAUGUGUCUAUUUUAAGUAAGAUUAUAACAUACAGGUCAAACUCCAUAAUUGGAAAGCCUUGAAUGAUAAAAUGGUAAAUUGAAAAUAAUUUUCACAAAUUCCUUCUUUAGUGAAGCCAUUUACACAACAAUUAUCGCAAGGAAUAAAGAUGUCUUAUACUUAUAGUAAAUUAAUUUUUAGAGAAUCUAGAACAGUAGUUCUCAACCUUUCUAGUGGCGCGACCCCUUAAUACAGUUUCUCGUGUCGUGGCGACCCCCAAGCCACACAAUUAUUUUGGUUGCUACUUCACAGCUGUAAGGAUACAUGUUUUCAGAUGGUCUUAGGCGACCCCUGGAAAAGGGUCCCGCGACCCCCCAAAGGGGUCGCGACGCACAGGUUGAGAACCGCUGAUCUAGAAAGUCCCAUUCAUUUAUGAAUUUUCAAAACGUCUAAAUCCAGGUAUAAACUUUCUCAGCAAUUGUAUUUUAUUCCCUAGUUCAACUUCAUAUAACUGAUUAUAGAAAGUGAUCAAUUGUGGUAUGGGGAAGCAUUUAUUUUUCUUCAUCGACAUUCCAGUGUAUUAAGACAUCCAUUGGUUGGUGGAAAUCUCAAAACUUACACUGUGAUCAAAACUUACACUGUGAUCAAAACUUACCAGUGGCUACACUGUGAUCAAAACUUACCAGUGGCUACACUGUGAUAAAAACUUACCAGUGGCUACACUGUGAUCAAAACUAACCAGUGGCUACACUGUGAUCAAAACUAACCAGUGGCUACACUGUGAUCAAAACUUACCAGUGGCUACACUGUGAUCAAAACUUACCAGUGGCUACACUGUGAUCAAAACUAACCAGUGGCUACACUGUGAUCAAAACUAACCAGUGGCUACACUGUGAUCAAAACUUACCAGUGGCUACACUUUAAUGCAUUUUUAGCAACGGCGUUUUGGCAGCAAAGGUGAGCGACUGGUCCAUGCCAUCAUUUAAAAUAGCUCUCUUCUUCUUUCGUAUCAAGAGAAGUCGUGUGUUCCUCUAUGGAUUCCAGACUUUGGGAAAUAAUUAUUAGAACAUUAACCUCGUCACAGCAUUGUGUCUGGUUUAUGAAAUGGUCCACCAGUUGUUUUUUUUUUCUUUGAAGAAUUUCGGACUUCUUUUUGUAUAAUAAUAUUGUAUCACCCUUAAAUGGAAACAAAAUCAACGAAUAGGGUCCUCUUUUCAAACUGAGGAUUGUCAUUGCUCUGAUCAAAACAGACACGUAAUCAGAGUGACGCUUGUCAGGUUUUCAUUUGAAUUUGAUUAGAACACACCUCGCAGACUUUAUAUCCACGAAAAAAACAUCUUCUUAAAAGAUUGUCCAGGACUUUAGUAAACUUUUUUAGAGUUUCUUUUGUGAGAUAAUAUAAGGAUGAUUUAAGAUCUUCUUUCAUCAAGAAAUUAUAUUUAAAGAGCAUCUCAACCAUGCAAAAAAUUAUUAUUCAAUAACAUUUCAGCUUCAUUGAAAAAGCCACUGAUGCCAGAGCUUGUUUGGACAGUAACAUUAUGAUAUAAAAGCUUUGCGCCUAUGAAAGCUGUCGAUUCACAUUUUCUCCUUUAUGUCAAUUAACAUACCAAUAUCUCCAUCAUUUUUUGUAGCUUAAGAUCUGUUGCCAAUAAAUCCCAUUUUCAAGGCAAAACGGGUGCUUUUCAAUGUUGUUCGUCCGUCAAAAUCGACAAGGACCAUCUGGUCAUCUGGGUAGAAGUGGGGUGGGUCACGGUGAGUGCGUAGGUGGCUUGCUAGUCCGAUUCAUGCUCGGAAAAGUCUCUGGCACCGCGGGCAGGGGAUAGUUGCUAUAGUCGAUCGUCUAUUGCUGCUUUUUCGGGCUAGUCUGCGUGUCUCAGCUGUCACUAUUCUUCUGGCGUCAUGAGAUUGAGCCCCCUUCUUGAACGCUGAUCUCCACUUGGCUCUGUCCUGGGCUGUCUGCAUCCAUUCAGUAGGGUUGAUGCUGAUGGUCUUUAAUGCUGCUUUCAGUGCGUCUUCGUAUCGCUUUCUUUGACCUCCUUGGCAGCGCUUGUCUAGCGUGAGUUCAUCGAAGAAUGUCUGUCUAGGGAACCGGUAUCUUCCAUACGGUACACGUGUCCCGUCCAAUGGAGCUGAGACUGCAUCAGGGUGGUGAAGAUGCUUGGUAUAUUCCCUCCAGCGAGGACCUCCGUGUCAUACACUUGUCUUGCCACCUGAUGCCUAGAUUUUCCUGAGGCAGUUUAUGUGAAAGAGUAUGUACUUAGGGGCAUAUGACAUUUGAUGUAUUCGAUGCUAUAGUAGUAGAUAAUUUAGCACGGUUAGUGUGCUAUUGAUUUUAACAAUCCAGAUCACUUUAAAUGUACAUUUAUUACAUAUUAUAUCAGGAAAGGAAAAAAUAGUAGAAAUAUUUGCUUCCAAAAUCCUAUAAAUGGAGUAUGUAAGGUUCACCUUCUCAGUUUGCAUUACUGUUUUGUUUUGGAAAAUUAAUUUAUAUAAUUUCUUUCAGAAUGGACUUUGAAUUUUUUCUCCACAAAAUCCCCAUGUAAUAACAUGUCAUUUUAUUGUCACUAAUAUGUUAUAUAUUUUUCUUUUAGUUUGGUGGAGGUGUUUAUUUAGCUAUUAAUAAUAAUAUUCAGUAUGUAUGACUAGAAUUUCAAUAUCGUAACUGCUUCUAUAAACAUUAACCUAAUUCUUGGACAGGGAGUCAACGUUUAUGUAUAUCUUAAAGCUAGUUUCAAUUUCAUCCACAUUAUUGUGAAAAGAGUAACUUUAUUUGUUUGUUUGUUUAUUUUUUUAAAGGGAUGUGGGCAUUUAAAUUUAGAUUAAGUAUUAGA